UUUGGCUCCGCCCUGUCAGUGAGUGACGCUCCCCUCCGUCUCUGUGACGGUUAGUGUCUCUGAGGGUGAGCUGUUCGCUCUGUGACGGUUAGUGUCUCUGAGGGUGAGCUGUUCGCUCUGUGUCUCUCAUGGCGGAAGCGGCCGAGGAGGCCUCGGGCCUCGUGCGGGAUGAAGCCUCGGACUCGGGUUGUGUCCCGGGCCGGGGGGAGGGAGGCCCGGGCCGGGGGGGAGGCGGCGCGGCCCGGGGGCUGCUCAGACUGUAUUACGGCAUCACUGAGGCUCGAGACCCGCGGGGACCGACAGACAUCGACGGCGCCAACUUCAACCCCGACAUUUACCUCAACAAACUGAGGAGCGAGUGCAGUCUGGCAGAGCUCAUGGACAGUGAGGCUGAGAUGGUGAAGCACAUUCGGGCUCUGGACAGUGAUAUGCAGACUCUGGUUUAUGAAAACUACAACAAAUUCAUAUCAGCCACAGACACCAUCAGGAAGAUGAAGAACGACUUUAAGAAAAUGGAGGAUGAGAUGGAUUGUUUGACGACAAACAUGACGGCAAUCACCGAGUUCAGUGCCCGAAUCAGCCACACCCUCCAGCACCAGCACCGGCAAAUCACCAAGCUCUCCGGUGUGCACACCUUGCUGAGGAAGCUACAGUUCCUGUUUGAGCUGCCAUCACGGCUGAACACUUGUGUGGAGUUGGGAGCCUUUGGGCAGGCGGUGCGAUAUUACAGUAAAGCUCGCUGUGUGUUACACCAAUACCAGCACAUGCCCUCCUUCCACGGCAUCCAACACGACUGCCAGCUGAUCAUGGCCUCGCUGGCUCUCACCCUGAGAGACAGGUUCAGUGACGGAGGCUCGAGCCCCCAGGAGUUGGCCGAGUGUGUGGAGCUGUUACUGCAGCUGGAGGAGCCGGCUGAGGAGUUGUGUGAUGAAUUCCUGGCUCACGCCCAGCGCCGGUUGACAGACGAGCUAUUGUUGUUGGAGCGGGAGUUGGGCGGAGACGCGGGGCCUCUCAGUGAUGUCCUGGAAUUCACUGACAAAGGCUGUAACGGCUUCGUCAGCAACACCUGCCUGGUGAUGGCCUCGUACCAGGACUUGUUUAUCAGCCGCUCGGCUCAAGGCCCGGUGUCUGCCAUGGCACAGGGGAAGCUCGUGGGCUUUGUGGACGGACUGAUGGCCACUUACUUCUCUCUGGUGGAGCGCAGAAUCACGCUGGAGAGGAAGAGUCUGGGAGACAACUCUCUGCUCGUCCGGUCGCUUGAUCGCUUUCACCGGCGGUUGCAGGCUGUGGCUAAGCUGCUUCCAGGAUCUGGCGUGGCUGCCGAGGGCACGGCUAUCGUGGUAAGAGCGGCCAAGCAGCGGCUCAGUCAGUACCUGCUCGCCAUGAGGAGCUUCUUCACUGACUGUCUGACCGACGUGCGUCAGGCCCUGGCGGCUCCACGUCUCCCAGGUAAAGACCAGCCCAGUCUGGCUGACCUCUUGACUUCCGUCUCCACUGCCGUCCUCAACCAGAUCAAGUCAGUCCUUGCCUACGUCCAUCUGUUCACAGCCAAAGACAUCACCUUCUCCAGCAAGACUUACUUCAAGGGUGAGUUCUGCAGCCAGGGGGUGAGGGAGGGGCUGAUCGUGGCAUUUAUCCGGUACCUGUGCCAGACAGCGAGGCAGUUCUGUGAGUCGGGGGGAGAGAGAGGAGCCACCCCCCCAGCCCUGCUCCUCAUCCUGUCGCGGCUUUGCCUGGAUUACGAGACAUCGACCAUUUCCUACAUUCUCACCCUGACUGAUGAGCAGUUCCUGGGCCAGGACGCCUCCCCCGUUACACCGGUGACCGUUCUCUGCGCUGACGCCCGGGACACGGCCCAGAAGCUGCUGAACCACCAGGUGAAGGUUCAGGGAUUGAACAUUUCUCAGAUGCUGCGGAAAAGCGUGGAGACUCGGGAUUGGGUGAGCACCAUGGAACCUCGUAAUGUCAGGGCCGUCAUGAAGAGGGUCGUGGAGGACAUCACAGCCAUCGACGUGCAGGUGGGGCUGCUGUAUGAGGAGGGGGUGAGGAAAGCCCACAGCAGUGACUCCAGCAAAAGAACCUUCUCCGUCUACAGCUACAGCUGCUCCCGUCAGCCAACGCGCUACAGCUACACCCCCAGUGCGCCGAUGGACACCAACCUCCUCAGCAACAUCCAGAAGCUUUUCUCUGAGAGAAUUGACAUCUUCAGCCCUGUGGAGUUCAACAAGGUCUCGGUACUCACGGGGAUCAUUAAGAUCAGUCUGAAGACCUUCCUGGAGUGUGUGCGGCUGAGGACGUUUGGCCGUUAUGGUUUACAGCAGAUCCAGGUGGACUGCCAUUACCUGCAGCUUUACCUCUGGCACUUUGUUUCUGACGAGAACCUUGUCCACUUCCUCCUGGAUGAGAUCGUGGGCAGCUCAGCCCAUCGCUGCAUCGACCCCGUCACCAUGGAGCAGAGCGUCAUCGAAGUCAUCUGUGAGCGGGGUUAGGGCGUGGGCAGGGGGCACAGGGACAGGAGUCACAGCUCUAGGGUCUCGGCUUGGGGUCAUGGGCCAAGGAUCACAUUGUAAUAAUCCUUACAGCGCCUUAUCAUGUCAUCGAGACAUCUCAAAGCGUUGAACUGCAAUUAGUUGCCGUGUUUUGCCCACAAAAUACAGCAGCCAAUUGCGCGCAGCAGUUUCCCACAAACAGCCGUGGGUUGAGUGACCAAAUUAUUUAUUUUUGGGGUGGGAACGAAGGGCAAUGAGCCAGAGUCUUGGUGUUAAUUAUUCCUGUGCUUUGUCUUUGUUGAAUGUUGUAAAGAUUAUAAUAAAAUGUAAAGAAGAUUCUACACAGAGUGUAGGAUGGUCAUGUGAAGCCUGA